UCAGCGACCAUCCAGCGAAGAUGGCGAGCGGUGGAGUGUCCGUGGCUUCGCUGUGGACCGAAGUAAACCGCUGUGGGCAGAAUGGAGACUUCACAAGAGCCCUGAAAGCUCUGACUAAAAUUCUUCAUGAAAACAGGGACGAUGUGACGGCCCUUCACUGUAAAAUAGUUUGCCUUGUUCAGAAUGGCAGCUUCAAAGAGGCGCUGAAUGUCAUGAACACCCACUCGAAGGUACUCGGCAGUGAGGUUGUGUUCGAGAAGGCGUACUGCGAGUACCGACUGAACAGAGUGGAAAGUUCCCUGAAGACCAUUGAAGCUGCUCCCGAGCAGACGGACAAGCUGAAAGAACUCUACGGUCAAGUGUUGUACAGACUGGAGCGUUAUGACGAGUGCAAGUCUGUCUACACGGAUCUGAUCAGGAACUCCCAGGAUGAGUACGAGGAGGAGAGGAAGACCAACCUGGCUGCUGUGGUGGCUGCGAUGAGUCAGUGGGAGGAGGCGCCGCUGGAGGAUUUGGGUCUUCCUGAGUCGACAUACGAGCUUUGCUACAAUGCUGCCUGCGCUCUGAUUGGUCAGGGACAGCUUACAGAGGCUUAUAAUAAACUACAACAAGCAGAAGAGCUUUGCAGGAUUUCACUGUCAGACGAUUCUGAUGUAACCGAGGAGGACAUCGAGUCAGAGUUAGCAGUCAUCCAUUCUCAGAUGGCGUAUGUCAUGCAGCUACAAGGUCGGACAGACGAGGCCCUGCAGCUCUACAACCAGGUCAUCAAGCUAAAGCCUUCAGAUGUGGGGCUGCUUGCUGUGACCGCCAACAAUAUCAUUACAAUAAACAAGGACCAAAAUGUUUUCGACUCGAAGAAAAAGGUGAAGCUGACGAACGCUGAGGGUGUCGAAUACAAGCUGGCGAGGAAGCAGCUGCAGGCCAUCGACUUCAACAAAGCUCUGCUGGCCAUGUACACUAACCAGGCUGACCAGUGCAGGAAACUGUCAUCCAGUCUUCAGUCCCAGAACCCAGGUCACCCACGGCCGGUCCUGAUCCAGGUCGCACAGCUGUCCAGAGAGAAGCAGCACAGCAAGGCCAUCGAGCUGCUGCAGCAAUUCUCAGAUCAGCAUCCAGAGAGCGCGUCAGGCAUCAAACUCACAAUGGCACAACUCUAUUUAGUACAAGGUCACGUAACAAAAGCCUGUGACGUCCUGAAGUCCAUCGAAGAGUUCAAGUACAAAUCAGGGAUGAUUUCUGCUCUGGUAACGAUGUACUCCCACGAAGAAGACAUCGACAGCGCCAUCGACAUUUUCAAACAAGCUAUUGAACACUACCAGUCUGAACAGCCUGGAUCCGCUGCACACUUGGCUCUCGUACGAGAAGCUGCCAAUUUCAAAUUGAAGUACGGACGGAAAAAAGAAGCCAUUAGUGACUUGGAGCAGCUUUGGAAGCAAAACACCAACGACAUCCACACACUGGCACAACUCAUCUCAGCGUAUUCUCUGGUGGACACGGACAAAGCCAAAUCCCUCAGCAAGCACCUACCAUCCCCAGACAAGAUGGCUUUCAACGUGGACGUGGACGAGCUGGAGAAUUCCCACGGAGCCACAUACGUCAGGAAAAAGGCUGCAAAGGUCCCGGGAGAUAACCUUCCCAAAGAACAAGGCCAAGGUGAUCUCAAAAUGAAGAAGAAGAAGAAAAAGAAAGGUAAAUUACCCAAGAACUGUGACCCCAAAGCGACCCCUGACCUGGAGAGGUGGAUGCCUAUGAGAGAGCGUUCCUACUACAGAGGCAAGAAGAAGGGAAAGAAGAAGGAGCAAAUCGGAAAAGGCACACAGGGAGCGACGGCGGGAGCUUCAGCCGAGCUUGACGCCAGUAAGACAGCCAGUAGCCCCCCUACCUCCCCCAGACCAGGGUCUGCAGCCGGCUCGUCCACAGCCGCCCCGAGCAACGUGGUUCCCCCACGACAGCAGAAACCCGCCGCCUCAGGGGCCACGCGCAAGAAGGCACCACAGAAGAAGAAGAAGGGAGGCAAAGGAGGCUGGUAGUCCAGAGAGAGGAAGAGAAAACACUGAGACAUCACCGAGAAAUCAUAAGCUUCUCACUUUCUGCUCUUCUACACUUUUUAAGAGUACAGAGAGAAAAUGAAAUGGUCCAAAAUCUCAGCAGGAUGGUCUUUUUUUUUUUCUUUUUUUCUUUUUUUUUAAAGGGCAGUUCAACUGAAAUUAACUUUGUCGUUGCUUUGCAGAAAACAGAUGUGUCCUGAAGUGUUUCUGUUUUACUUUUUUGUGGAGUUGUGACCUUUUUUUGAGGUCAUCAUGAAAAAAAUGAACAAAAAGAAAAGCUUUGCUAAAUGUUUUCAUUAAAAAGCUCCAAUGAAAAGGACGAAUGUUUGUUUUCUGUGCUGCCUCCCGGUGUUCUCGGGUUUAUGUUAUUUUUAAAAAUGCAUUUUUCAAAUUUACAUCCAGUGAAAUGUUCUAAAAGAUUUUUUUGGAUGAGUCAAGUUUCAAGUUACGUCUCUCCUGGCAUCAAACCAUUUUAACGAAGCGUCUUCUUUUCAUUGAAUUAUUAAGAAGUUGAACUUAUCGUCAUUUUUAAGGGUUGCCCUCAUCUUGAUACUGUUCAUUUAUUUCUGUUGAAAUCAUGUUUAAGGACCUUCAGGAUAUUUUAGGAACACAUUUGUUACAUUUUGCAAGGUAACGUGAAGUUGGGUUGUGUCAGAACUGUCCACAGAUAUUUCUUUUGGUUUAAAGUCCAUGAUGUCGUACUCUGACUGCAUCAUGUGACUUUAAUUGCAAUGAUGCAAUGUUAAAUUAUAUGUAUUUUUGAAUCCCUGUGUUGGUCUAAAUUCAAGUAGAAGAACUUGAAGUGUUAAUAAAAUCUUGACACACGAA